GUUCCGUCCCACCCACAAUGCAACGAGGACAAACCCAGGGAAACAACCAACAACAAAAGAAAGGGCUGGUGCUGACAGCGGAGAACGAAUAUGACACAUAAAACAAAAAUACCAAAAUUAUAGCUACUUAUGUAAAUGAAACAGACUAACGUUGUACUAGAAAAUAGCUAGUAAGGCUGUCAGAUUUCUAAAGGGCUGUUUGUUUGGAAGGAAGAAAAACACUGACGUUAGCCCACCGCUGCUCGCCUUAAUGUAACAACGUCUAAAAGUUGAUCGGAUGAAAGAGUCAAGUGUGGGUGAGAAUCAGAGCAAGGCGCUGUAUGGUAUUUUUGUAUUUGUGUUUAUGGAAGAGAACUGACUUAAAACGUGUUAUUAUUCUUUGACAGAAAAGAUAGCUAGCAAGCUAUCUAACUUAACAGAACUAAAGGGUGGACGUCAGCAGCAAGCUAGUGAUAAGUUAGCCACGCGUCUGCUAAUGUUACCUCGAUAGCUAAACCUAGCAGUCAACUAAAUGCAUCUUAAAGCUACAUUGAUGGACACUUUUGAAUAAUAAAUGAUACCAUAUAGCGUUAACUAACUUGACAGCAUACCAAAAGAAAAGUUGUUUUAAUGCGUACCCUUGCACCGCAGAAAAGCUGAGGUUGUAUUCCCAAACCGAACAUUGGUGCUUAGCCUGUGGCUAGUGUUUAGUGAGCUGUAACUUAUACGGCAGAACACUGAAUAAUUCACUGAAGUAAAAUGAGCUCCGCAGAGCAGCCUAGUGCUGUCAACAAGGCCAACACUGACGACGAUGGCAUGUCUUGGUGGUACAGAUGGCUCUGCAAGAUCGCUGGUGUCAUCGGCGGAAUCUCCUGUGCUGUGGCAGGAGUGUGGAACUGUGUCACUGUCAACCCCCUGAACAUCGCAGCGGGUGUGUGGAUGGUAUUGAAUGCCUGUGUGCUGUUCCUGUGCGAGGUUCCUUUCUGCUGUCAGUUCAUUGAGUUUGCCAACGCCGUGGCAGCCCGAGCUGACCGGCUUAAACCCUGGCAGAAAGCAUUCUUCUACUGCGGGAUGGCACUGUUUCCCGUCUUUCUGAGUCUGUCUAUCACCACGUUAUUUGGGAACGCAAUCGCCUUUGCAACAGGAGUCCUGUAUGGCCUGGCUUCACUGGGGAAGAAGGGAGAUGCUGUGAGUUAUGCUCGACUCCAGCAUCAGAAACCGGGGGAUGAGGAGAAGCUAACAGGGACGACCGAUGGGGAGGCACAGUGACCCCCCCCCCCCCCCCCCCGCACACCAUCAUGUUGGGAACACAUCCCAAUGACCCCUCUCUCAGCUGCUGAUUCUAGAUCCUAAUGUAGAAUAGUACACUGGAUAGCUGCUCAUGUUGAUUCAGUCUCACGUCAGAACUGUUUCAUUUCCGUUACUGAUUUUAUUUCUUUUGCCGAAACACACCUUCUGUACUGCCUGGGAACUGUACUGGGGGAGGGUUCUUUUCUCAAGGGGUUUCAGUCGUAUCCAAAUGUGUGGUACUUAUGAGUGGGAAAAUAUGCUUUUUAAAUUAUGUUCUAUUUAACAUUGCUAUGCUUUUUUGUGUGCCUUUUUGAUUUAAUUUUUUUUUCAUUUUGAGGUUUUAUGAGGAAAAGGCUACUGUGUCUUUAACACAGAAUGUUUAUGUAUACUUCAGGUUGCUGGUAUUAUCCAAAGGUAUUGAAGAUGUUAUGGAAAAAGACAAUAUUAUUGACCAUGAUGUUUGUUUAAGCAAAGUCAUUGGAUGCUAUUGGGCAGGAAAUGUGAAUGAACAGUUUUGGUGAUUCAGCAAAAUAAUUCUUAAUGUAUUUAUUGUGACCAUGGCUUCCUGUACAGCAAGUGAUGGUACUUUUAAUUUAGUUUUUUUUUUCUUCUUGAAAAGACAAUGCAUGUUUGGGUAUUAAGGCAAAACGAAUAUAUACCUACAAUAUAUUAACCACAGGAACAAAAAAUAAGAGCUUUCUCAUUGCAUGGGUAAAAUCUUUGCUAAAUCUCUAUUUUGUGAACUUAUGUCCUACUUGAUACUUAACUCAAAGGCCAGUGGUGAAGCUGAAGUGUGGUUGUGGUUUUUUGUGUGGCAUAAUACAAACAAGAAUGGUUAAUUUUCUGCUAUGUAGUACCAAAAAUAUGCCUAAUCAUUUCCUGUUUUUUUCAUUCUUAAUCAGUCAGUCUGGGACAAUUUAUCCUUUACAGUGUGAUGUUGCUUGACUUGAAAGCCCCUCUCCAAGACUUUUGCCAGGCAAGAUUUCUAUGGUUUUUGAUUCAGGGACGUAUUUGUGUGUCUGGCAUGUGUAGUGGAAAAAUGUUUAAUCAUGGCCUAGUCCUCCAGGUUAUAAGGAGAAGAAGCAACAUGUGAACCUGGACAGACUAUGUCUUUACAUUGUCUGGAUGGCCAAUUGGUAGUGAAAUUAAAAUUUUGUCAGAGCUGAUAUUUUCAUUUUCUCUCCUGUAACAUUCCUCCUGUCAUGUUUGCACUGUAUACAGUAUUUAUUAGCCGGUAGUGGAGGUGUGUACAUGGCCACCUUUUACAGCAAAAUGGAUUCAAAAUAACAGUGACAAAGCAGCUGCUGGCACAACCCAUCUUUUUUUCUUUGGAUCACCAACCUAGUUCAGCUUUCAGCACUAAUAUCAAUAUCAGAAUGCUGGGCUGAAGGUUGCGCUGUAAACUGGAAUUCAUCAGGCACAUCCAUAAAUGGUGUUUGCAGGGUUAUUUUAAGAAGAAAAAUGCUUAUGACCCUUACAGUAAGGAUCAUUUAACGCACCAGCUUCUGUACAUACAUUACAUUCACCACCAGCAAACAGUAUACUGUAAAGUUACUGCAUAAUCUAUAUAGAAAAAGUGAUAUUUGACACCCAACAUACCAAGGUUGUAAAUAAAGUUAAAUGACUGACUGUAUAGACACUUUCUCUGUCUGACAAUGCCUGAUUACAGCUCUUCGAUGCUUUGGUGUGUUUGACCGCUGUGUUUAUUCCAUUAACACUAGUAUUCAGUGAAUGAAGACUGUUAGGCACUCUAGCAUCACAUGUCCAGUACCUUUUCAUUUCAACUAGUCAGAUGAAAUGCUUUUACAGGAAUGUGUACAUUGGUACUGCUAUACACAUAACUGUCUGUGAAUGGUUGGAGAGAUUAAAUGGUUGUUAUAUUUUAUCAGCAUUCUAAUUGGUCUAAACUCAAACUGUGGCCCAUUUGGACAAAUUAAUUAGGACUUUAAUCCAUUGUAAUGGAAUACAAUGUCCCACCCUCAACUUCUGUUUUUGUGUUCUGAGCCUUGGAUUGUUGUAAAGGGUGUGUGUGUACCAUCACAUAGUAAUGCUAUUUUGGUUUGGUUGUUUUUUUGUGCUUUGUUUUGGGAUAAUGAACUUGAAAAGCUAAUAAACAGUGCUUGUUUAUCAGUGUUUUGUUUUCCUAUAUGAAAAAUAAACACCUUUCUACAUGA